AUGGCGGAGUUCUGGCUGAUCUCGGUCCCCCUUGACAAGACCAGCCUGCAGUCCCUGGAGAAACUGAACCGUGCUGUGUCCAAGACCAGGGUGGCCUCCAGCUUCAGGUUUCCUAUCCCAGACCUGAAGGUGGGCACUCUGGAUGUCCUACUUAGCGUCUCCGAUGAGCUCACCAGAUUGGAUGCCUACACAGAGAGUGUUAUCCAGAGGAUCUGCCAGUGCAUGUCGGAGGUGAUGGAGCACUCCAGAGACAAGGUGCAGGAGAACACGCUGGCCAAUGGAGUGGAUCUGACCAGUUAUGUGACACACUUCCAAUGGGACCGAGCCAAGUACUCCACCACCCUUCCCCUGAGAACCCUGACAGAGGUCAUCUCCAAGCAAGUCUUCCAGACAGAAUCGGAUCUGAAGUCUCGAUCUGCGGCCUACAGUAAUGUGACGUCCAGCCUACAGUGUUUAGAGCACAGGAUAGAGGGGAGUCUUCAUAUUCGCACGCUGACAGACGUGGUGAAGAAAGAAGACCUGGUGCUCGGCUCAGAGUACCUGACCACUCUGCUGGUGGUGGUGUCCAGGGAGAACUUUGCAGAGUGGGAGAGGACAUACGAGUCUCUGACUGAGUUUGUGGUCCCUCGUUCCAGCAGGAAGUUACUGGAGGAGACGGAGGGUGGGAUUUUCACUGUCACCCUCUUCAAGAAGGCCGUCAGAGACUUCAAGGCCAAGGCCAGACAGCACAAGUUCACGGUGCGAGAGUUCAGCUUCGAGGAGUCCCAGAAGCAGGAAGAGGAAAUGACCCGGCUCCACGCCAAUAAGAAGGAGCAGUAUGGGACCUUCGUACGCUGGCUCAAGGUGAACUUCAGCGAGGUGUUCAUGGCCUGGAUCCACGUCAAGGCGCUCCGGGUGUUUGUGGAAUCCGUGCUGAGGUACGGUCUCCCGGUGAACUUUCAGACUGUUCUUCUGCAGCCAGACAGGAAGCGGAGCAAACACCUGAGAGAGCUGCUGGACUCCCUGUACACCCACCUGGACAGUGCUGGUGCAGCCAGUAAGCCUGACGUGGGGUUGGACAUCCCUGAUAUGAGCAUGGCACCCCAAGAGUACUACUCUUACAUCUUUUACAAGAUCAACAUCAACUUGCUGACCAGCUAG